GCAAGUAAUAAACCUGCCUGCAAAUAUUAAGUAGCUCGCCACUAUGGAGGGCAAGGCACUUCUCGCCGUGGCCGUGGCCGUGCUGGUCGUCGUUCUCGCCAAGCUCAAUUCCCUGCUCGCCGCCAAGCCCAAGCUCAACCUCCCCCCGGGGCCAUGGACGCUGCCGCUGAUCGGCAGCCUCCACCACCUCGUCACCAGCCCCUCCAUCUACCGGGCCAUGCGCGACCUCGCGCGGCGGCACGGCCCGCUCAUGAUGCUCCGUCUGGGCGAGGUGCCCACGCUGGUGGUGUCGUCGCCGGAGGCCGCGCGGGCGGUCAUGAAGACGCACGACCUCACGUUCGCCGACCGCUAUCUGAACGCCACCAUCGCCGUGCUCACCUACGGCGGCACCGACCUGGUGUUCGGCUCCUACGGCGAGCGGUGGCGCCAGCUCCGCAAGAUCACCGUGCUGGAGCUGCUCAGCGCCGCGCGCGUGCAGUCCUUCCAGCGCAUCCGCGAGGAGGAGGCGGCGCGAUUCGUGCGAACCCUCGCCGCGUCCGCCGCCGGCGCCACCGUCGACCUCACCAAGAUGAUCUCCCGGUUCGUCAACGACACCUUCGUCAGGGAGUCCAUCGGCAGCCGGUGCAAGUACCAGGACGAGUACCUGGACGCCUUCGACACCGCGGUCCGGCAGACCUCGGUGCUGACCGCCGCCGACCUCUUCCCGUCGUCCCGGCUCAUGCAGCUCCUUGGCACGGCGCCGCGCAAGGCGCUCGCGUGCCGGAACAAGAUCACGCGCAUCCUCGAGCAGAUCAUCCGCGAGAAGAUGGAAACUUUAGACCACGGCGACACGGCGGCGCACGAGGGCCUCCUCGGCGUCCUGCUCAGGAUCCAGAGAGAGACGACCUUGUCCACACCCCUCACCAACGACGCCAUUGUCGCGCUCAUGUUUGACUUGUUUGGCGCCGGCAGCGAUACCUCGUCGACCACUCUGAACUGGUGCAUGACGGAGCUGAUCCGGCACCCGGCGGCGAUGGCCAGAGCGCAGGCGGAGGUCCGGGAGGCCUUAAGGGGGAAGAGCGCGAUCACCGAGGAUGACCUCGCCGGCGCAGAGCUUAGGUACCUCAAGCUCGUGAUCAAGGAGGCUCUCCGGCUGCAUUGCCCGCUGCCGCUCCUGCUCCCCCGGCAGUGCCGCGAGACGUGCCAGGUGAUGGGCUACGACAUCCCCAAGGGCACGUCCGUGUUCGUCAACGCGUGGGCGAUCUGCAGGGACCCUAGCUAUUGGGAUGACGCCGAGGAGUUCAGGCCGGAGCGGUUUGAGAACACGAACCUUGACUACAAGGGGACAAGCUAUGAGUUUCUCCCGUUUGGAUCCGGGCGCCGCAUGUGCCCUGGUGCAAACCUUGGGCUCGCCAACAUCGAGCUCGCACUGGCGAGCCUUCUAUACCACUUCGACUGGAAGCUGCCCAACGGAGUGGAGCCUGAGGACGUCGAAGUUUGGGAGGCUUCCGGGCUGAUCGGAAAGAAGAACAUAGGCCUUGUUCUGCAACCGGUUACCCGCAUUUCUCCGGUUAACGUGUGAUUGAAGCAACAUGUAUGUAUCAUGUGCUACAAAAAAAUAAAUAAAUAAAAAACACGGCCGGGGUGUGUGUGAACGGACCCACCGUUUUU